AUGUCCGAUAUCACUGAGGGAAUCCGCACUCGCCGAGACAAUAAGUUCAAACACCCGGGCUUGCCAGACCUGCCAGUGCAAGGACGAGUUCCGCGACGUAGCAAGGCCCAGAAAGCAGAGGACGACAAAAUCCUUGAGGAAGCCCACCAAGCUCAAGAGCGGGCUGCAGUCGAGGGGCUGCAGCGGCUUGCUGCAAUGCAGAUGGAGAUGGAGGAGGCAGAGGAACAAGGCGUGGUGACUAAACCAAAGCCAGUCAAACCCCGUGCUCGCCCUGUCAAGAAAAAAGUAGUGCCUGCCAAACCAGCUGGUACCGGCAUCGAGGACCAAGAAGAAAGCAGCCAGGACACCAACAUUGAGGACGGAACAAAGAAGAACCAGAGGGCCGUCAAAACAUCUCUGAAGGACGCAAUCAACAAUGCACGAGGCUCACUCACAGGAAAGGUUGAGUUAAUUCAGGGGCCACGUGUUGGCGACAAGAAAGGAAAGUCUUCUACAGCGACGACCAACCCCAAGUUUUCAUUGAUAAAGCGCGUUGAUGGUUGGAUUUCUGAUAUUUCACCAGACACAACCGAACUACUCAAAACUUCCAGCGCUUCUAAGACUCGUACCACUGCCUCAGCUUUGUCAUUGGUGCAUGGGCCACCAAGCAGUGCUUUACCCAGUUCCUGCGCUACAUCAGUUUUGGCCAUAACUACCAAGUCCUCCAAAUCUAAGGCCCCCCCUGCUCUAGCUAAUGCAUCUGAUGCUCCCAAGGCUCUUGUUGGCCGCUUUGAUGACGAGUCGGAUGAUUCUCAGGAACGUUUGGAUGCCUUCAUUCAAAAGACGAAGGGGAAGCAGUCUUCACUUAGGAUUACCUCAGAUGCAAUGCCUGAGGAUGCGCUGUCUUCAACAGAGGACUUACAGGAUAUUGAUAUCGACGCACCAAUGGACCUGGACGAUGCAUUGGUGGACCUGGAGGACAAUUUGUUUGAGGGCAAAGAUGCCAGGAUGUCCAAGGCGGUGGACAGUGACAGCAGCCUAAGCAAUGGAAUCUUGUUCCGUCGGAGUAAGAAGUGCAAGCUUGCAGACACCAAAUCCUCCACCCUUGUCUUGGAGAGUACCCCCUACGAGGAUACAUCAGAUGUUGAGGUUAUUGAUGUCCCUUCAGGCCCUGUCGCAAUGGCCAAUACAACGAAGACGGCUGUGUGUUUGACCUCUUCGACUGCCGUUGCCGUCUCCCAGUCGGCCACCACAAAGAUGCAACCACCUGCAAAGAAGUUCCUCCCAACACUUUACCUGUGGGCCGGGAGUCAAAAUGACCUCUGGCAAUUCUUAGACGCUCCUCUGGUCAAGGCACUCCAAUCCAUUUAUGAUGUCGUGUAUUCAGAAGAAUCAGAUCUUGAUUACAAGGUGACCGCUCAAGGGUCUGUCUUUGGCGUUGCCACCCAACGUCUCGCAGAGUGGCGCAGCAAUUUUGGAUCAACGGGACUGGCUAUUAUGAUGGAUUUUUUCACUAGGAAUGCUGACACUGAUCCAGAAACACUUGCUGAUGUGCUUCUGGAGGACUUUGCUUUCAUUUAUGAGGACAUGGAAAACCUAGACCCGAUGCAAGCCUUCCGGUCUCCAUUCAUGUUGCAGCUCUUCGCAACCGCUCAUCUUCAUGCCAUUCUCGGGCAUGUUGAAGUCCCCGCACUUAAAACAUAUGUGCUGUCUGUCGUCGGGAUGACUGGUGUUAUUGGCAUUUGUGCAGCUUCACUCGAGCGUGCCAUCAAACGUCUCCGUGUCAAUGCCAUUGACAUUGAUGUGGACACCCUAGAUCUGGGUCCUGCACAAAUGAAGCGCAAGCUGCGGACACCGAAGACCUUCAACAAGGCCACCGGCAAGGAUAGCACUACCGAGAAUGCCUUCUCCAUCAACAACUGGGGAUCAGUAACUGCAUCAUAUGUGGUUGCUAUCAAGGCGAAAGGAGACGACUACAUGAGGACCACAACAUUAACGGCUCGGAAAUUGCUGAAGAAAUUGGGCAGUGUCGGCCUCCAGAAGUACUUUCGCACUGAUGAUGAUGGCUCAGAGGCCGUUGACAUCCGCGCCAUCCUGUGGUAA